AUAUUUGGUAUUUUCUUGAAAAUUGCUUCGAUAUUUGAUUUUUGUUGGUUGGUGAUUGACAUUGUUGUUGGUGAUCUUGCUUGGUGUUCUGUUGAAGAUUUGUUGGUUUUGGGAUUGUCUGUUCUUAUUUGGUUUUGAAACUUAUUUGGUGGUGUUAUUUGCUACUUGUUUCAUCAUUAUGACUUCCGAAAGAGAUGACUCGCUUCAGUCUAUUAAUGUUCGUUUGAAUGGGAAAAAUUAUUCUUAUUGGAGUUAUGUCAUGAAGAAUUUUUUGAGAGGUAAAAAAUUAUGGGGUUAUGUGUCUGGCACACAUUGUAAACCGAUUGAGGAGAAUAAUGCUAAAUAUGUUGAGGAGCUUGACUCUUGGGAAGUUUGUAAUUCGAAAAUUAUUACUUGGAUAAAUAACUCUGUUGAAAACUCCAUUGACAUGCAACUGGCUAAGUAUGAUACUGCAAAAGAAGUUUGCGAACACUUGGGGAAACUUUACACUCAGUCUAAUUUUGCAAGACAAUAUCAAUUGGAAAUGGAUAUUCGUUCUCUCAAUCAGAGGGACAUGAGUAUUCAGGAAUUCUAUACUUCCAUGACAGAUUUGUGGGAUCAGUUGGCUCUCACUGAGUCUAUACAACUUAAGGCUUUUGCUCCCUACAUUGCUCGGAGAGAAGAACAACGAUUGGUUCAAUUUUUGAUGGCUCUUCGUGAUGAUUUUGAGGGCUUGCGUGGCAACAUUCUACAUCGCAAUCCCCUGCCUCUGUGGAUUCUGUUGUUAGUGAACUUCUUGCUGAGGAAAUUCGACAUAAGUCAGGAACAGUUAAAGGCACCAAUCCAGCACUCACUCAAUCUGUAUUGGCUGCUCACUCUCGUCCUCAACAAAGAAGCCAUGGAAGACCUCCGAGCUAUUAUCAGAAUAAGAAUCCAAUCUCUGAUACGAGCAUUUGCAACUACUGCAAGCAGCCUGGUCAUUGGAAGGCUCAGUGCCCUGAAUUGGCAAACAAGUCACACACUACAGCUGGUCGUCCUCCUCCUACUUUUGGCCAGAAUCAAUCUUAUAGACAUCCCAAACCUCCUCACACUGCUGCUGCCACAUCUGAAUCUACACAGAUAGAUUCUGGAAUCUCUACUUCCACAUCAAAUGAUCUAUUUGAGAAGUUUCAAAAGUUCAUCAACUCUCAAUCUCAUGCUAUGACUGCUGCAGCAGGUUUGUCGACCUCAGGUUCCACAGGAUCUACAUUCUCGGAGGGAGAUUGGGACAGGCCAUAGGCAGGGCGGACUAUACAUUUUGGAUCAUCUUCGACCCCCAGGAGUUGCUGCCUCUAGUAAUGACUUGUCCAAUUUUCAUUUGAAUUCGUCAUCUUCUAGUUUUUAUUUAUGGCAUUCUCGUCUUGGACAUGUUUCUUCUUCUCGUUUAAACUAUAUGGCUAAUAAUGGAUCCUUAGGGUCCAUCAAGAGUCAUGACAUAUCUUCUUGUAGUGGUUGUAAACUUGCAAAGUUUUCUGCCUUACCUUUUCAUCACAAUGAUUCUGUUUCUCAUUC